CAGGAAUGUUGGAUGUCCCCAGCCGUUGAUUGCAUCAACACCGCCCUCUCUCUCUCUCUCUCUCUCUCUAUUCUCUCUCGUUUGUCGCUCGUCUCUUUAAAAUCUCCUCCUCCCCGUACUCGAACGAAGGCCAAAACAAAAUCCUCGGGCAAUCUCCCUUCUUACCCUCCCCUUGUUUUCUUUCUGAUGGAGACGACCGAAGCGCCGCUUCCACUCCUCGACGCGAACCAAAGAAGCAAAAACGGCGGCGGCGGCGGUGGGGCCACCUCCGCCCAGACCCUCGGCAACAUCGUGGUCUCCCUCCUGGGCACCGGCGCCCUCGGCCUCCCCUACGCCUUCCGCGUCUCCGGCUGGCUCUCCGGUUCCCUCGGCCUCGCCGCCGCUGCUGCUGUCGUUUAUUACUGCAUGCUCCUUCUCAUAAGAUGCAGAAAUAAAUUGGAAGAAGGACGAGAUAAAGAUGGGGCGGCGGUCCAGAUCCAAACCUAUGGAGAUUUGGGCGCGGAGGCAUUCGGAGUCCCCGGCCGCUGCCUGACCGAAGUACUUGUCGUCAUCUCCUAUGCCGGCACCACCGUCUCCUAUCUCUUCUUCAUGGGUGAAAACCUCUCCUCCGUCUUCUCCUCUUACGGCAUCUCGCCCUCAGCAUUCGUCUUUGCGCUCCUCCUCCCCCUCGAGGCUGCUCUUUCCUUCAUCCGCUCCUUCUCCGUGCUCGCCCCCUUCAGCAUCUUGGCCGACGCAUGCAAUGUCCUCGCGAUGGCCAUCGUCCUUGCGGUGGACGUUCAGCAGCUUAGAAAGCCUUCGGGGAAGGCCAAAAGGAGCGCUUUUAAUGGUGCUUGGAGCUUGCCGUUCGCCGGAGGUGUGGCCGUGUUUUGCUUCGAGGCAUUUGGGUUGACGCUGUCGCUGGAGGCAUCGAUGGCGGAGAGGAAAAAGUUCCCUUGGGUGCUGCUUCAGGCGUUUCUUGGGACUGCAGCGGCUUAUAUAUGUUUUGGAGUUUUUGGUUAUCUGGCUUAUGGCGAAGACACAAACGAUAUCAUAACGCUGAAUCUUCCAAGCAACUGGCUUGCUUCCAUUGUUAAGGUUGGACUUUGCAUUGCUCUAGCAUUUACCUUUCCGAUGAUUAUUCAUCCAGUCAAUGAGAUCAUAGAGAACAAGCUGGACUCGAGCGAAUGGUUUCAGAAGCUCUGCCAGAAUUUACCAGGUAGGAAUUGGUUAGGACUGCAAGCUGUCCGCUUGCUGAUUGUGGUGGCUGUGGCCUUUUUAGCUACUUCAGUUCCAGGCUUCGCAAUACUCAUAUCAUUUACAGGGAGCACGGUCUGCGCGCUGCUCGCUUUUGUCUUGCCUGCCACAUUUCACCUCAAGCUCUUGGGGUCUUCCUCGACUCCAUUGCAGAGAGUGUUGGAUUACAGUAUACUUGCCACUGGCCUGGUAUUUGCAGGGUACAGCAUUUACAGUGCCGUGUCAGGUCACUCUAUGGGGUUCAUGACUUGAUUUCGUUUACAGGCCUGUGUAUCUUUUUCCUUUUUCUCUUGAUUCAUUCUUCUGUUUUUGUGACAAGAAUGAGGAAAUUACGUCAACUGGUUUCAAUGAGAACAUCACAAUAUGGGAUUUGGUUUUGCGAAGGGCAAACUGAAGAAAUUUUUUUCCCUUUGCUUGCAGCUCAGCUCGAUGGACAUGUUUGCAUCGCUGUUCGCAUCAUGCUAGUGUAUAACUUCCAUUUCCAGAGCUAUCAAGGUGUGGUAGUAGUUCAUUAUAUGCGAUUGCAUGAAGCACAAGAUUGAAAGGAGAGCAGGAAUACGGGGAGCUCGACCAUUUACAUAAGUUCCUAAGGCCACCAUGUCGCAAAUCUUGCAUAUUAUCAUGCAGUGAUCCCACUGGAGAAAGCAGGAGAUACGACAAGUGGGAGCCUGACACUGUGAUUGGAUGUCGGCAGCAAUUGUUCUUGUUUCACCCAUCGCAUGGUCUUCAGCCUUGGCAAAGGCUUUUGAGGAAAUGAAUUGGGGCUCACAAGUAUCUAUCCACAAAAUAAGCA